GUUUUCUGUCAUAUUUUAAUAAAAGUUAUGUAUAAAUUGUACCUAAUACUAAAUUAAUUAUUUAUUUCAUUAACAGUAUUAAUAUAUUCCAUAAAAAUUAAAUUCAAAUACAAUGGCUGAAUUAUUAUUGGAUUCAAAUAUACGUGGAUGGGUAUUUUUACCGAUUGUGGUCAUUACAUUCUUGGUUGGAAUCGUUCGACAUCAUAUUUCUAUUCUAUUAGCUUCACAGAAAAAGAUUGAAAUACAACAAUUACAGGAUAGUCAAGUGAUGAUUCGAGUACGGCUGUUACGUGAGAAAGCAAUGUUUAUACCGCAUCAAUCGUUUCUAAUGCGAAGACAUUACUUUAACAACGAAGAAACUGGAUAUUUGAUGCAAAAACGUGCACCUGUCUCACAGAAUCCAAUGACCGAUCCAUCCAUGAUGACAGACAUGUUGAAAGGCAAUAUUACAAAUGUUUUACCCAUGAUUGUUAUUGGUGGCUGGAUUAAUUGGAUGUUUUCUGGAUUCGUUACCACAAAAGUUCCAUUCCCAUUGACAUUACGUUUCAAGCCGAUGUUGCAACGCGGUAUUGAGUUGAUGUAUUUGGACGCAUCUUGGGUAUCGUCUGCCUCAUGGUACUUCUUAAAUGUCUUCGGUUUACGAAGUAUUUAUGCCUUAGUUUUAGGCGAAAAUAAUGCUGCUGAUCAAGCACGACAUCUUCAAGAUCAAAUGGCUGGUGCGGCAAUGUCAAUGCCACAAGAUCCAAAAGUUGCAUUUAAGGCUGAAUGGGAAGCGUUAGAAAUAACCGAACAUCAAUGGGCUUUACAAAAUAUUGAAAGUGAAUUCUUAGGCACUGCCACAAAUAAUAUGAAUGCAAUUGAAACUAAUUAAUUUUAAUUUAAUUUAAUUAGUUUAUUAGUUCAAAUUUUUUAUUUGUUUUUGUUUGUUUUUUAUUGAUAUUUACUCUCAAAUAAAAUUAUGUGCGUUUCAAUUA